CCCAGCUGGGGCUUGGAGGCGAUUCCCCUCUAGUGACUGAGCCGAACCGUCUGCCUCCUGGGCAAGCGGCUCUUGCCUCCUUCGCUUCUUUGUCUCCUCCUCCUGCUGGGCUCCAGCUCCCAGCGCAGGGUCUGCAGCAGCCACCGCUGCAGCCAGAGCCUAGGCGUGCCCCGCACGGCCGCCUGGGGCCGCACCCUCACUCGGUGGCUGCGCCCGAAGACGCCAGCCGCGCCACGCACCGCCUGCAUCCCGCGCCUAGCCACGGCGCAUCCACGCCACCGCUGCCGGCGCCGCCGUAAUCCAGGAGCCGAGCCCGCUCUGCCAGCUUGGUCUGCGGUGGGCAAUCGGGUUUGCAGCCGGUUGGAGGAGGCGGCCGCUGCAGCCUUUAGCAGCUGUCACACCGGUAGACCUACGCACCCAGCGCCUCCUCCCUGCGCUACGAGGAUGGAGCAGCAGCCCCGGCCCGGGACUGGCGCAAGGUGCCCAAGCAAGAACAGGAGUAAUGAGGAGACGCAUGUAUUAACUGCAGCCUUUUGAGUCACGUAAGAAGGAAAUCGACAGUGUGGACAGGGCUGGAAGCAUUGCCACACUUGUUGGAAUCAAUGAGGAAUGGGCUUGUGAUUAUGGUGACAUUCCAGCAUGAAUCUGGUAGACCUGUGGUUAACCCGCUCCCUCUCCAUGUGUCUCCUCCUUCAAAGUUUUGUUCUUAUGAUACUGUGCUUUCAUUCUGCCAGUAUGUGUCCCAAGGGCUGUCUUUGUUCUUCCUCUGGGGGUUUAAAUGUCACCUGUAGCAAUGCAAAUCUCAAGGAAAUACCCAGAGAUCUUCCCCCCGAGACAGUCUUAUUAUACCUGGACUCCAAUCAGAUCACAUCUAUCCCCAAUGAGAUUUUCAAGGACCUUCAUCAACUGAGAGUUCUCAACCUGUCUAAAAAUGGCAUUGAAUUUAUCGAUGAGCAUGCCUUCAAAGGAGUUGCUGAAACCUUGCAGAGUCUGGACUUAUCCGACAACAGGAUUCAAAGCGUGCACAAAAAUGCCUUCAACAACCUGAAGGCCAGGGCCAGAAUUGCCAACAACCCCUGGCACUGUGACUGCACGCUGCAGCAGGUUCUAAGGAGCAUGGCCUCCAAUCACGAGACAGCCCACAAUGUGAUCUGUAAGACCUCUGUGUUGGAUGAGCAUGCGGGAAGACCGUUCCUCAACGCUGCCAAUGAUGCUGACCUUUGUAACCUCCCUAAGAAAACUACUGACUAUGCCAUGCUGGUCACCAUGUUUGGCUGGUUCACUAUGGUGAUCUCAUACGUGGUAUAUUAUGUGAGGCAAAACCAGGAGGAUGCACGGAGACACCUGGAAUACUUGAAAUCCCUGCCAAGCAGGCAGAAGAAAGCAGAUGAACCUGAUGACAUUAGCACUGUGGUAUAGUGUUCAAACUGACUGGCACUGAGAAAGAAAGUAGUUUGUAACUAAAGUAGAAUAAGUGGUUUACUUCUCUCAUCCAUUGUAAACAUUGAAACUUUCUAUUUUGGUUUCUUUUGAAUUCUGCCACUGUUAAACUUUUAACAAACAUGACAACAUAACAAAUUCUUUUAGUUUAGAUGGUUCAUUCCUUUUAUUGGACCCCUAAGUGGUAUAUUCUUGAGUAAGCUACUGUCUGAACAUUAGCUAGAUUCAUCUCACUAUUUAAUAAUGAAAUUUAUUUUUUUAAUUUAAAACCAAAUAAAAGCUUAACUUUGAACCAUGGAAAA